AUGGACAAUUUAAAUUUAGUCUCUUCUCCUUCACUUUCUUCGUCUCCAAGCACCAAGGAAUAAUCAACAGAGUAACCAAAGUCUAGUGAGCGAAAGAGUUUGAAGGAAUAAGACAGAGUAAAUCAAACUCCUUCUAACAUUUAGUCAACAACAAAGGUAAAAAAGUAGAAAUAAAAUAAUGAAGAAUCGGAAAAUAAUUCUGACAUAAAAAAUUUCAGCAUUCACGGAGAAGAGCAAGAAGAAAUAGAAGGAGCAGAGGACUUAAGAACCCCAGACGCAAAUGUUGCUAAAAAUUAAUUACCUCCUCCUCAAGCUGGUUCUGGAUAACAUUGCUAGGCAGAAAUAUUAGCUAAAUAAAAUGAUAAAGAGGAAGACUAGAACGAAGAUUACGAUUUCUACGAAGAAGAAGAAUAUGAGGAGGAAGAUGAUUUAGAUGAAGAUUUUUUAGACAGAGAUGGCGAUAAUGGUUUUUAUUCAACUGAAGAUGGUAAUAAGAGUGUUAAAUAAAAAAAAAAUAAGUUUACAAAGGAGUUUAUUAGUGUGAUUAAAUCUAAUUCGGAGGAAUUACGCAAUGAAAAGAGUGAUGAUCCUCUUGACUACUUAUUUGUCAUUGAUUUUGAAUGCAAUCAACCAGGCAGCGAAAUUAUUGAGUUUCCUAUUACUGUUGUCGAUUUAAAGUAGAGAAAGGUUGUAGACACCUUCCAUUCCUAUGUUAGACCUACAAAGAUAAAAAAGCUUAGCAAUUUCAUUAAAAAGCUUACUGGGAUUAAGUAAGAAGAUGUUGAUGCAUCAGAGAGUAUUGAAACUAUUAUAACUCGAGUUGAAGCAUUUUUGAGUAAAUACCAACAAUCUAAAGCAGCAAUACUCUACGACUGCGCAAAUGAUGCUAAAUUUUUAAGCAAUGAAAUUAAGAACAAAUAAUUGAAUAUAACAAAUAAAUUCCUUCUUAGUUAUAUUAAUUUGCGUAAUGUUUUUCCUAUUAAUCUCACUGGCGGAAUCAAAAAUAUUAGUCUCAGCCAUGCUUUAGAAGUGCUGGAUAUGAGUUUUGAGGGAUAAAAACAUACAGGUAGGGACGAUUCAAUUAACAUAGCAAGAGUAUGCAUGGAAAUGAUAAAUCAUUAGUUUACUUUCACUUAAUUUAUGAGAUAGUCUUAGUUUUGCUUAGACAAUCCAAAGAGGCUAGUUGAAUCAACAAUUAAUGAUCUUUUUAAAAUGAAUAAAUACUUAAUAGCAAUAGACAUCAAAUUUUAUGGAGAUAAAAAGGAUUUAAACACUAAAAACAACAUUAUUCUAUGCAAAUCAUUCAAAUUUCAUCUAUUUUAAAUCAAGCAAACAGAUUAAGACUCAGUAUCUUCAACUUAAAUCAAUCAGAACAUCCAAACUACUCCAUAAAAAUCUAGUUUUAAAUUAAAGACAUCUGCAGAGAAGUAGGCUGAAUAGCAAUUACUAUUACAAUAAAAAACAUUACAAUAAUAGCAAAAACAAUAACAAUAACAACAACAAUAGCAAUAAUAAGAGGAGUCUGUGAAAAAGAAUUUAGAAAAUUUAUAGAUUGAUACCUAAACAGCUUAAAAUCAAUAGGUGCAGCAAAAUUUGUAAAACUCAUAGGCUUAACCUAAUUCUAAUGUGAACUAAUAACAAUAAUAAAAAGAAGAUACUCCUUAGUAAAUACAUUAGAAAUAGACUACUGCUAAAUAAAAUUUGAUAGAUGAAAUAGAUUGUUAUUCAUAAGAAUUUAAUAAUUUACAAUAUUAACUUUAAGAUUACUUUGAGUUACUGUAGAAUUUAAUUGAUUUGUAUCAUAAAUAUGGCAUUAAAUGUUAAAAUUCUAUGAUAAUUCUUAAUAGUAGUACAAAGCAAAAGUACUUUUCUAAAUUCUUUAAGUUCAUUACAACUAUGUUCAAAACAAACAAAACAGCAUUUAUUUUCAAAAAAAAAAUACUCAAUUUGCAAGAAGUACUCGAGAAAUAAAUUAUUAUUGAUUAAAAGUCAUCUGAUGCGAUAAUGGCUGAAGAAUUUCCUUAAAAUAUAAUUAAGCUAGUUGAUUUCUUUUAAUCUUAAAGUUUCGCUGUAAAAGAACUACCUUAAUGCUUUCAAAAGAAAACUAUGCCCAAUAUUUCUGAAGGAUAGUAAAAUUAGUACAGAGAAACAUCUUAAUAUCCUUAUUCAUUUUAUGAUUCUCCCUAGUACGGAUAAUACAUAAAUGGUUUUUAUUCUUAAAAACAACAAUCUCCUUAAAAAGUUCUUUAAUAGCAGCCAUUUGGUCUAUACUAACAAUAAAACUAAUAAAAUAUUGAUUACUUUAAUCCAAACACAGCUAAUUCAAAUCUAAAUUAACUGUAGAUGAUGUAUUAAUUAUAACAGUAAGCUCAGCAUGUAUAUAAUUAGUAAAAUUAAGCCCUAGCAAAUUAGUAGAACUCACCAUUUUAUUUCUAGCAAGCAAUCAAUUAAAUGAACAAUAACUACAUGUAUUAAUUGUAAUUCUUUAAUCCUGCAAUUUUUUCUCUUCCACCAAAUUGCAUGGAUAGCUAGCUCUAGUAAUAAAUAAUGUUUCAUUCGUAAUAGUUUUUAUAAUAAUUAGAGUAGAAUUAGAGUUAGUAAUUUACCUUUCCUCCUUAAAGCCAUCAACAAACAUAAUAGCAACAUUAGUAAUCUUUAAAUUAAUCUUAGUAGCAGUAGUAUCCAUACAAUUAUAAAUAACCUCCAUACUCCUCACAAUAAUCAUCUUCCACUACCUAGCACAACAAAUCUAAUUCUUCUUUCUUUGGAAGUUAUCCUUCUUAAAGCUUGAAAAAUAAUAAUAAUGCCUAAUAGAAUGAAGGAUAAAAUAUUUCUAGAAAGAAGAAUUUCAGAAAUAAUAGCUAAAUAUAUAAUGGAUUUUAGAAUAAUGCCUUUUACUAAGAUUCAUAUAAUAAUAGCAAUAUAAACAGUGGAAAUCAAAACUUUUAAAAAAAUUCUUAAAGUAGCUCUAGCAAUAUCUCAGUUAAUUCUAGUCCAUUAAUAAGUUUUCCUGCAGAGAAUAAGCGUGGAUAAAAUUCUUAAAUCAGCCAACCAACACUUUAUAGUAGUUAUAUACAAAAUAGUGGUAUAAACAAGCCUAAUGCUUUCAACAAUCAAAAUAAAAACAAAUUUUAUAAAAAAUGA